AUGAUUGGUGGUAGUGCAAUGGAAGCCUUGUGGGAAAGGAUUGCUCGGAUGGAAGAAAUGUUAGGAGAAUGGCCAUGUGAGAAUGGCACCGUGGCUUCAUGGGAAAAACACAUUGUGGGAGAAAUUCAAGUGCAGAGGAGUUUGCUGGAGAUCUAUGAAAAAUUCUUUGAGGAUAAAUUUGUUGGCUUGAAAGUAGAAAUUCAGUCCCUGAUAGAUGACUUCAAGGGCUUCCUGCAGUCUUAUGGAGAAGAAAUUGCAGUCCUCAAGAAGUGGGCUGAGAUGGAACUUAGGAGACAAGGGGUCCGUGAUCUCCCUACUACCAUGACUAUAGUAGAUUGCUUGGUGGAUUACAAGAUGGGUGGCGCCAUCUCCACCAUGCAGAAAACAAAGUCAGAAGGGAGUAAGAAGGCUAAGGCUAAGGACGACAAGGAAGAAUCUGACUCAGAGACCCUUCCUGUAGUUAACCCAUUGCAACUCCUAAAUGUGAAGACUUUGGUGGACAGUGGUGCCACUCAUAAUUUCGUGGCCACCAAAGAGGCAAACAAGUUGGGAUUGAAGUUAGAAAAUGAUACCAGUCGGAUCAAGGCAGCCAAUAGCCUGAUCCAACCCUCAAGGGCUCCAUAUGGUGCACCAGUGUUGUUCCAAAAGAAGCAUGAUGCCUCUCUACGCAUGUGUGUGGAUUAUAGGGCUCUCAACAAGGUGACCAUAAAGAACAAAUACCCAAUCCCCUUGGUAGCAGAACUGUUUGACAGAUUGUUAAAGGCCUCUUAUUUCACCAAGUUGGACUUGAGAUCAGGCUAUUGGCAAGUGCGGAUUGUAGCAGGAGAUGAAGGGAAGACCACUUGUGUAACUCGGUAUGGUUCAUACGAGUUUCUAGUAAUGCCCUUUGGGCUAACUAAUGCCCCUUCUACUUUUUUCAAUUUAAUGAAUGAUGUCUUGUUUGAUUACUUGGAUGCAUUUGUGGUAGUAUAUCUAGAUGAUAUUGUGGUAUACAACCAAACUCUAACAGAACAUGAAAGACAUUUGAGAUUGGUGUUCCAACGACUGAGUGAGCACAGACUUUAUGUAAAGCCAGAGAAAUGUGAGUUUGCUUAG